CAAAGGGGACCUUUCAGAACAAUCCUCUUCUCUCUCUCUCUUUUGCGUCAAACAUGGCUUCCUCGUCUUCCAGAACCAAAUCGAGUGGACCAGUUUUACGCUCACACUCAUCCUCUAGCAGAUUUUGCUCUUACACAAGAUCAAAAACCCCUUUUUCUUCGCCAUCAUCAGGCUUUGCUUCCUCCACAAGCUCUAGCUUUUCGUCUCGUUCUUCCACUUUCUUUAACCAACAUCAUAAUCAACACAGUCAUCAUCGUUCCGCUUCACCCACUCGUGUUAACAUAUAUAAUAACUCUUCCCCUCUCUCUUCGGGAGUCCGGUUCUCGAUUGAUUCCCGGUCCAUAUCUCCGAACCGGUCUAUUUCGAACCAGAUUAUUUCCAAGAACAACCGUCCCAUCUCGAUCCAGAAGAAGUCAUGUAUGUGCUCGCCGACGACGCACCCAGGUUCGUUCCGUUGCAGCCUCCACAAGAACACGGGGAACAACAACAACAACAACAACGUCGAUUCGUACCCUUCCAACCGUCUCAACAUGCGUAGAUCCGCGAUGAAGAACUCGCUGGUGAGGAUCGGAGGUGUGGAAGGCGAGUGGGUCAAAAGAGCCCUAACCGCAUUGAUUAGGCCCUCUUCGCAUCAACAGAGGAGAAGAGCGGCUUUCGAGCCCAGGCCCAGUCGUCUGUCCGUCAUGUCCAAGGCCCAAGAUUUAUGAUUUUUCCCUCUUUUCCUUUUACAGGUUCGUUCAUGUUUUGCACGCUGCUGUUCCUGCGAAGCUGUUACGUAGCAACGAGUCCUCUCCGGCGAGUUUUGAUUUCGUCGUCUGGAGUAAAGUGAUGAUUUCUCACCGAAGAUUUCCUUCAUAGAUCUAUGAUACUUAAACACAGGAUUGCUUUUUUUGUACAUAACAUUUGCUAUGGAAGCAAGAGUUCUGGACUUUUUUUUUCCUUUACUUAAAAUCGAUCUUUAAAACUCGCGUAUUUUAAAUCAACAACUCACGCUAAAUUUUGGGCUUGAAUUAUAUUUCUCCAAUCAAAAUUUUAAUUAAAAUUGAAACCUAAACAAGGUUCCUGGGUACUGCGAACACCAUUGAUGAAUUACGUGACCCAUCACGAUUCUCUUUUCAGCGUUGUUGUGAUUUCGUUAUGUUUUCCGUCGAUGGUCCCCGUUUCCGUUUUGGUUGUUACGUCGUUCGGGACUGUUCCGUUACCCGUGCCGCCGUUCACUCACUGUUACGUUCGUCAUGUUGCUUUGCGUUUGGUGCCAGGUAUUUUUAUUCAAUUUUUCUAUUUCUUUUUUAUUUAUUUAUUUUUUAUGUUGUUUUAAUUGCAGGUUGGUUGGGCAGCUGGACUUUGUAUACUUUGUAUGGUGGAAGGCGAAUUCCAUAUGUGUCUUUUAAAUAAAUUCUUAAUUUUUGAAACUGACAUUAUUAAAUUUCGUGACAGAAUGGAGUCAUUGACUUUUGUGGAUGUACCUGUACAGGAAGGAGCGAGGACAAAAAGUAAAAUACAUAUAUAAGAAAGGAGCGAGGACAAAAAGUAAAAUACAUAUAUAAGAAAGGAAUUCACAUUAGACAAAAUUACUAAAAAAAUCUAAAUCAUUAAUUAAUGGCCAUAAUUAAGAGUCUAAAUGGGUUAGACCUAUCUAUACCGACUUACUACCUAAUCUAUAUCAGGCUAGGUUUUAUUUAUUGUUUAUAGUCAAAUAGAAUAAAUUUAGGUUAUUAGAAAGUAGGCUAUAAGUUUUUUUUAUGU